CAUCACUGGGGCGCCGGGACCGAUGUUGGCCAUGUAGCUGUUGAAGGAAGGACCUUCAGUCACGCAUCCACCUCCACCGCAACCUCCCAAUACCCUUCCUACUGGAAGAUCGAUGACCUGGUACUAAAGGUAUACGACUGGGACAACGGGGGUUCGAAGGGCACGUUUGGGUUCACGUCUUACUCCUUGGCGACGAACAGAACGGUGGAGUAUCUGGCGCAGGACGUUGACCUAGCAAAGCUGCAGUGGUCCCAGUGCAGCGACCCUGGGGUUGAGUUUCAAUUUGACUUCGAUGAUAUGAGCUUGAGUUUGAGGGAAACGUGGACGUGUUCGGGGUCUCCAGAAAUUAUGUUCAAUGCCAAUGCGACGGGACUCAUGAUGUUGCACGGCUGUCUGGACAGUGACACGGAGAAAGGGGUUGAGUCGGAUUGCCAUGUGAUGGAGUUUGGCAUGGCGGCUGAUGUAACAUCAUCAGGGAUGGCAUAG